CAUUCCUAAACAGCUACAUGCAUUGGGGACCGACUAUGCUCUGUUGCACUACAUUGUAUACGCAAAUGUUCUCACGCAUGUUGCACACUGAUACAUUUAUCUCUCUAUACUUAGUAAUUUAUAAAUUUACGUCAAACUGGAGCGGGCGUCUCAAACGAUCGCUUUGCCUCGUCUCCAUGGUAAUAAAAAGUAAAACAUAUCCAUAACCUGAAGAAACAUGGAGUCGUGCGAGUAGAACUGCAGUCCUCAAUAUCACUCUCCAUCCUGUUUUUUAAAAACAAUGUCUGCAGAAAAUCGCGUGGAGUCUAUGCGAGAAACUGCAUUACGGCUCGCAGUAGAAGAAGAAAAUAGACGUAAGACUGAUCCAAAUGAAACUCACGAACGAUCCAUUAUUAUCCUUGGCAGCAAGGGAGUUGGUAAAACAACAAUGGUGUAUCGAUUUCUUGAAAAAGACGAGAGACCAAAACCAACUAUAGCGAUGGAUUAUUCAUUUGGCCGUAAAACUGUGAAAAGUUUAGUGAAAAAUAUAGUGCACGUGUGGGAAGUGGGCCACUUGGCUUCUUCUUUGGUAUCUGUUGCGAUGACGGGCUCUACAUUAACACAUUCUCCUCAUCACACCGUGUUAUUAAUAAUGCUAGAUUUAUCGCGACCGGAGGAAUUAUGGUCUUCCUUUGAGGAGGCCCUUUCCGUAAUACAAAAUGGUUUGAAAAUGAGUUACGAUUCUAACACGAGUGAAGAAUUGCGGGAUAAAAGGGCAGCAGAUAGAAAGAAAGAAUUGGAACGUGGGGUUGACCCGUUUUUAAUGAAGUUGUGCAUUAUAGGUGGACGCUAUGAUGAAUUCAAGGAAUUUGAUUCGAGUAAAAAGGAAUUCAUUGGAAAGAUACUGAGAGCGACAGCUCAUAAUUUGGGUGCGAGUCUUUAUUAUUAUUCCUCUAAAGAUAAACUUCUCAUACGACGAUUCAAAGAUAUAUUGUCCCAUUACGGAUUUGGUUCUGCAUUUCCGGAGGACAAGUGUACGGAUUAUGAGAAACCGUUAAUGAUGCCGGCGGGCGUGGAUUCCUUCGGGCGAAUCGAUUUGCAAUUCCCCCAAACGAGACCAUCGGCAAUUUUAGACACUAUCAAGCAGAUCUACGUUUCACGUAUACCGCAAGUGUCGAGGAGCGAUGAAAGUACUUUGGAGGAUCCCAGUAACGACCCUAACUUUAACGAGCCUAUUAUCGACAGACUGAGAAUGCAGCGGGAAGAGGAGAUCAGCGUACUGCUGAAUGAUAUGAUGGAAGGCCGUAUGCCUAAAAUUCCCGUGCCCGAUCCAAUUUAGGGAGCACAAGUAGUUUCUUUGUGUAUUUACAUUGCGAUACUGCAACAGCAAGGGGAAAUAAUUUAUCUAACAAUUUAUAUGUAUUUUAAGCCGUAUUGUACAGAAUCGAUCAAGAAUUAUUUCGUGUAUCAAUUAUGUUGACAAUGGGUCUUUUUCUUAAGAUUAUAAUGCAUCUCGAGGCUGUAUCAUUUUCUCCUGCAAUUAAAGGUAAGAAAAACGGUGGUCUUUGUUUCUUGAAAGCAAGAUAAAUUAUUAAGAUAAGAAAAGAUUUGUAACAGUAACAUCUCUUCCCUUUAAACAAAGAAGAGAGAAAUGACAAAUAUAUGAAGAUAUGAUUGA